GAGAGAGAGAGAGAGGUGUGUUUUCUAACCCACGCAUUGGAGUGGGAGACGGCGUGCACACUCACACGUGCACGCACACACACACACACUCGUAACACACAGAGUGUGUGUCAUGCUAGCAGUGUGUGGGCUGAACCGACCAGCCUUCCACUCAUCCUGCCUCUCCCUCUCUCUCUCUCCUCUCUCUCCUUCUUCUCCUUCUUCUCCUUCUUCUCUCUCUCUUUUCGUCUCCAGAUGCACCUCCUCCUCCUCCUCCUCCUCCUCUUCUUCUUCCUCUUCUUCUUUUUUUCCCAUCAUCUCUCUCUCUCCUCCAUCAUCUCUCUCCCUCUCUCCCUCUCUCUCUCCAUCAGUCCUUCCUUUUUUCUUUUCAGUUUAUCAUCAUGGAGAACGAGUCGGUGAUCUUCUGGGAUGGGCAGGGCAGCUCCCAGAAUACAAUCUGAAACUCUGAGACCUCUCACUCUGCUGCAGGAUUACUACUCAAUAACUACAGUUGAACUAAGCGUUGACUGUGAAGCUGCUCCACCUCCUGCGGAUUCUGCUCAUUCUACAAGAGGAACUAAAGCAUCUUCAGAAACUACUUCACCUCCUGCAGAAAGUACUCAUUCUGUCACUCACAGGAUUACAACAAUCCACAAGAAACUUCUCUGAAAGCUGCUCUGCUGAGGUCCAAGCAAAACCACAACCCAACCAGAGACACAAGAACCUGGCACCUCAAGCUGGACCAGAACUAGAAGCCAGAAUCAGGCCAAACCAGUACCAAACCCGUAAUCCAGCCAGACUCUGUAGAGUGGAUCAGACCAGGCCAGGACAGACCAGAAGAGACCCGUAGAAAUCAGUAAAGGCCAUUGGAAAAGUUUGAUGGGACUGCUGACGAUAGCCACAUGCCUCUGAGUCCGGCUGCUGACACCAAACAUGAUCGCCCGCGGCAACAGGCGGUUACUAACGGCAACCCGACAGGCUCUGCUGUUGCCAGGGACGACGACGCGGAUGACACGCCCCCUGGAAACAGCAUUGUCGUCCGCAUUGGCAUCCCGGACCUGCAGCAGACGAAGUGUUUGCGGUUGGACCCAGAGUUACCAGUUUGGACCAGUAAGCAGAGGGUUCUGGUGACGUUGACUCAGUCUCUGUCGGAUGUUUUGAACUAUGGUCUCUUCCAGCCGGCGUUCAACGGCCGAGCCGGAAAGUUUCUGGACGAGGAGCGGCUGCUGAAGGAGUAUCCUCUCCCUCCCAUCACGCCCAUCCCAUACCUGGAGUUUCGUUACAAGAGGAGAAUUUACACGCAGAGCUACGUGGACGAUAAACAGCUGGCCAAGCUCCACACCAAGGCCAACCUGAAGCGCUUCAUGGAACAUGUUCAUCAGAAGAAUGUGGAGAAGGUUUCCAAAUGGUUGGAAAAGGGCCUGGACCCCAACUUCCAUGACUCUGACAGCGGGGAGUGUCCUCUGACUCUGGCGGUCCAGCUGGAGGAGAGCUGUGAGUUGAUUAAAGUCCUUCGCAGUGGAGGCGCUCACCUGGACUUCAGGACCAGAGACGGUAUCACCGCUCUGCAUCGGGCCGUCCUCUGCAGGAACAGCACUUCUCUCACUACUCUGCUGGACCUCGGAGCGUCUCCGGACUACAAGGACAGCCGAGGUCUGACUCCUCUCUAUCACUCUGCCAUGGUGGGCGGCGCCCCCUACUGCUGUGAACUACUACUGCAGGACCACGCCACCAUCGGGAUGACUGAUGAGAACGGGUGGCAAGAAAUCCACCAGGCAUGUCGCUAUGGUAACGUGCAGCACUUGGAGCACCUGCUGUUCUACGGCGCCGAUAUGAGUUCCCAAAAUGCAUCAGGGAACACUGCACUGCACCUCUGUGCUCUCUACAACCAGGACAGCUGUGCCAGAGUGCUGCUGUUCAGAGGAGCAAAUAAAGACAUCAAAAACUACAACAACCAGACUGCCUUUCAGGUGGCGAUAAUUGCUGGGAACUUUGAUCUUGCAGAAAUCAUUAAGAUCCACAAAACCUCUGACGUUGUAGUUCCCUUUAGAGAAACUCCGUCCUACACGAAGCGCCGCAGAGCCGGCCUGACCCGGACGGCGGCUGGGAACGGUCUGUCUUCUCCGCGCUCUCUGAUUCGCUCAGCCAGUGACAACGCUCUGGAAAGCCCCGCCUCCUCUCCUGGCCCCUCCCUGCAAAGCCUGGAAACACAUCACGACACGCACACACACUCGCUACGACGACACACACGCCGCCUCAGCCCGAGCGGUGGAGGUCAUGUGGAGAACAGCCCCCCCUCCUCCCCUCCCCCAACCCCCCAGAUGAGGAAGAGGAGGCUGUACAGUGCCGUACCGGGACGCACCUUCAUCGCCACCAGGUCUCACGUCCCCCAGGGGCCCGGAGAGAUCCAGCUGCACCGAGGAGAGAGGGUCAAAGUUCUGUCUAUAGGCGAAGGAGGAUUCUGGGAAGGAAGCGUUAAAGGAAGAACUGGUUGGUUUCCUGCUGACUGUGUUGAAGAAGUUCAGAUGAGACAAUACGACCCACGACUGGAGACGAGAGAGGACCGCACCAAGAGACUGUUCAGACAUUAUACUGUAGGUUCCUAUGACAACUACACCUCCUACAGCGACUAUGUGAUCGAGGAGAAGACGGCCGUGCUGCAGAAGAGAGAGAGCGAGGGAUUCGGCUUCGUCCUCAGAGGAGCUAAAGCUGAGACCCCCAUCGAGGAGUUUGCCCCCACCCCGGCGUUCCCCGCGCUGCAGUACCUGGAGUCAGUCGACCAGGGGGGCGUGGCCUGGAGGGCGGGGCUACGGACCGGAGACUUCCUGAUAGAGGUGAACGGCGCCGAUGUGGUGAAGGUGGGUCAUCGGCAGGUCGUCUCUCUGAUCCGUCAGGGUGGAAGUCGACUGCUGAUGAAGGUCGUAUCCGUCUCCAGAAAAUCUGAAUCCAACCUGGUCAGGAAGAAAGCUCCACCCCCUCCAAAACGAGCCCCCAGCACCUCGCUGACUCUCCGAUCCAAGUCCAUGACCGCUGACCUGGAGGAGAUAGCCAGGAGGAGACGCAUCGAGAAACUGGAUGAGAUGCUGGCGGGCGGUCAACAGGAAGUUGUCCUCAGGGGCCGCCCAUCAGACGACUUCAGAGCGGCGACGGUGAAACAGAGACCGACCAGCCGGCGCAUCACGCAGGCUGAGAUUAAUUCGUUGUUUGAGCGUCAGGGUCUGGUGCCCCCCACAGCUCCAGAGAAGAGCACCAUGGCUUUACCCCGAGGAAUGUCCAGAACCAAGAGUUUUGGCACACCUGAUGACGACAGGAUCACGGCUCUGAUCAACGAAAGUCGGUUUCCACGGAGCUCCUCAUUGACGGACAGCUUCAUCCCUCCUCCUCCUCAGACAGCUCCACCCCCUCCUCCCUCAGCCUCCUCCACCUCCUCGGUCUUCCUCCUCGACUCGGGCCCUCCCCCGUCCUUCCUCCCACCGCCUCCCCCGGCCAGAGGGGAGGGGCUAACCCGGUCCAGCUUCAAGCCAGGGGCGGAGCCGAGGCUCCAGGAGCUCUCUGAUUCACCAACAAGGAGCCACGCCCACGCCGAGCGGCAGAGGAAAGCGAGGUCGAUGAUCAUCCUGCAGGACACGCCACCGCCAUUGCAGCCUGACGCACACGCCGCCGCCACGCACGCGCUGCACACUGCCACACACACCGCCACACACACGCUUCACACCGCCACACACACCUCCACGCUGUCUCUCCACAGCACCAGCCCCGCCCUCGGUCAUUCACCGCUGUCACGCCGCCGGGGACGACCAAUAGAAAACCCAUAUGCUAACGUGGGACAGCAGGCUCCGCCCUCCAAGCCACAGAGGAGGAAGUCACCUUUGUUGAAACAACUUCCUGUAGAGGAGCAGGGACUCGGAAUGAAAGAUCAUGAUUCGUCUAAAUUAGACGUACCCAGCAGCCCCAGUAGGGCGGAGCUGUACCAGCAACAGGUUCUUUCAGAGCGCGCUCGGGUUCAGGGCCGAAGGUCGUCUCUUUUCCUGUCUGUGGAGGGAUCCGGGACGGAAAACCAGGUGCCGCCCCUCCUGACUCAGAGCCAUUCAAUGGAUGACCUCGGCGAGCUUCCGCCUCCAGCUCCGGUCCUGUCGCCCUCACCAACACCUCACACCUUCCUCCACCCACUGACGGGGAAACCUCUGGACCCCUCGUCUCCACUCGCCCUGGCACUCGCUGCACGAGAAAGAGCGCUCACUGCUCGCACACCGAGCCCAGAGCCUCGACUAAAACACGCAUCUGCCUCCACCACACCUAUCCCCACCCCAGCUGCCAGCCCAGAGGGCAGACACAAGCGCACGCCUUUGGCCACCCCACAGAGCAGCCCAGAGCCAAGAUCCAAACGCACCACCCCUCAAACAAGCCCAGAGCAGCGAACCAAGCGCACCACUCCCCAGACCAGUCCUGAGCUGAGGCAUAAACGCAUAACCCCUCCCUUGUUCCCUGAUGGACAGGUGGAGCGUCCAGAAACAGAGGGAGGAGUGACAUCACCUGCCGGCCCCUCCCCUGAGCGCUGGAGACCCACCCCCUUGCCACAACUGGCCAAUGAGAGUCACCCUGCUCUGAUUGACAGGCGUAGAAGCCUCACAGUGGGCAGCUCAGAGGAGGAGGGCGGGGCUUACACAGUUACACUUCCACCAGCCUUGUUGUCAUCCAGCGAUGAGGAGACUAGGGAGGAGCUCCGGAGAAUUGGCCUGGUAACUCCACCCCCUGCCUUCGUCACUACACCCGCACCUCCUCCCCCAUCCUCCCUCACCUUGUUGCCACGGCGAGUUGGGGAGGGAGGGGGAGGAGAGAGUGCUCCUGACUCCCUGGGUAGACGAGAUGAGGAGGAAGGAGGUGACGAACGGCUCCACGACAGCUCCUCUUCCCCCAGCUCGCUCCCUCCUUCCAUCACCUUGGCCUCCCCUCCUGCUCCACCCUCCCCUUCCUCCCCUCCUGCUGCUCACCCUUCCCCUUCCUCCCCCUCCACCUCCCCAAUUGCUCUUAAGCCACGCCUUCGCUCACCUAUCGGGCGGGGCCGCUCUGCGCUCCGGGACCCGCUGCUGAAGCAAUCAUCAGACAGUGAGCUCCUCCCGUCUGCUGCAUCGUCCUCCUCCCCCUCUUCCCCACUCUGCUCCUCCCCCACUGGUGGCGGUGGCCGACAGCCACGCUAUCUUUUCCAGAGGAGGUCCAAGCUGUGGGGGGGUGGGGACGACCGUGGGGACGAGCGGCGGGGCUUCAGCCCGGAGGAAGGGGGAGGCCGUCCAGCAGCGUUGGGAGGUCAGGGAUCGGGUUCGGCUGUGGAUCUGACCAGCCGAUCGGCAUCAGCACUGGAGCUGAGCGGCCGAGCCGGGUCCGGACUGGAUCUCGCUAAUCGGCUACAGCUGCUCAACAAAGACAGUCACUCUCUGGGGGAGGAGCCGAGUCCCCUGGAUCCAGGCCGGAGAUCACCAGUAGGAGGCGCCAGAUGUGUGGACAAUGGAGAGAGUAAAUCGUUGUUCUCUAGUCUUGGUGAACUCCACACUAUCUCCCAGCGAGGAUUCGGCGCCAGCUAUACAGUCCGACCAGGAAGCCGCUACCCCGUCACCCGCCGGAGCCCCUCCCCCUCUCCCUCCCCAUCUGAUAGGUCAAUAGGGCUUGCCUCCUCCUGCUCUGAAAGGCCAGAUCUGAGCUCAGGUCGCGGUCUAACCAUCCUAAAGUCAUCCAGUCUAAGUCUCCCCUCAGAACCAAAGGAGGUUCGGUUUGUGAUGCGAAGUGCCAGUGCGCGAACCAGGUCCCGUUCCCCUUCACCCUCACCCCACGCCUCUCCCUGCCCAUCCCCGGUCCUCAGCGGGCCCCUGUUGGCCCUUCGGCCAUGGAGGCAGCGGCCCCUUAACCUGUGGAAUAAAUACGACGUGGGUGACUGGCUGGAGAGCGUGGGCCUGGCCGAACACCGCCAGCGCUUCCAGGAGCACGAGAUCGAAGGCUCCCAUCUCCCUGCCCUCACCAAAGACGACUACGUGGAGCUGGGCGUCACCAGACUGGGACACCGAAUCAACAUCGAGAGGGCACUCAGACAGCUGCUGGAUGGUUCCACUUGACCCCUCACCUCUGACCACUAACCUCUAGACAUCCUGAACUGUGACCUCAUAACCCCUGACCUCUGGUCAGACACUAGGCCAUCUCUUUGACUAGGAUAUCUUAGCAGUGACUGAAUCUUUAGACCUUUUUACCAACGUGGAACCCAGCUCUCUGAGUGAUCUCGGUGAAAUUUUGGCUCAUCAGCUCUUUGGUCAACUCAAAAGGAGUUGGUAGCAACAGGAUCUGUGUCCAGUAUUUAGCUUUAGUGUUUUAGACCUCCAAGAUUUUACCUCUGUUAACGUCUAGUGCGCAGUGUUUAUGACAUAAAAAAACCUUUUUGAGGUUUUCUGCUACGAGAAUACAGACAUUACAAGACGAGAGGCUUCACUUUUUAAACUUAAAAACCUGGAAUAUAGCCUUACCCUGUUUUGCAUCGGGCCUUCAUUUUGAGCAACCAAAUGAGAAAAAUGUGUCCCAGUACUGAGUUGGAGGCAAUAAUUCACAUUCUGUGAAUACAACUACAGCUGCAAAGCUGACAGUUACAUGUAUAUAAAAUCCAGUUUUAACUCUAAUUUAACUUUUUAAUAAAUAAAUAAAAGUUGAUGAAUGAUCCAAAAUCCAAAGAUAUUCAUUUCUAUCACAGACAACAAGGAAAACAAGCAAAGUUUAAUAUUUUAGAGGCUGUAAGCUGUGUCGAUUAUUAAAAUUGUUGCCAAUAUUUUUCUUUUUCCUCAAUCAACUAAUUGAUAAAUCAACAAGCUAAUCAGCUGAUUGGAGUGUCUGCAACUUAAAACUUUACCUAGAAUUGCUAACAUCCCGUGCUAGCUAGCAAGUCAAAUCCUGACGUUAAACCGAUAACUUUCUGUUUUUGUUUGUUUUCUGUAUAUCGUUGAUCUGGAUCACUAGAAAAUAGAGUUUUGACCCUGCUAAAGCUAGCUUACAACAUCCACGCAGCUGGACACAGAGCUCUGCUGCCAAUCCCAACAGGUGAAGGGACAUCGAUCGAAGAGCUGAUCCGUCAAACUGAUUACAAAUAUAAUGAGACGGGUUCUUUUCCUCGUGCCAUUCUGCUUCCCCAGACGAGUUUAGCUGGACUUUUGCUAGCAGAGCUGGACGAUUAGCGAGCUACUGGGAGUCUCUACCUUAACAACGGGAGAUUAACGGAGAUACGAUAUUUCUCCGUCAUUUUACAGAAAGUUCUUGUGACUUUUUUUUUUUGUUUUUUGGGGGUUUUCUUUUUCCAAAUAUCACUCAUGAAGAAUUUGUGUUUAUUUUGAGUUCAUAUCUUAAUACUGAAUCAUUUAGAAUUUAUGAAUAACAAGUAAUAAUAAUGUGGUGGUGAUGACUUACAGAGUUUAUAAUAGUUUGGAAAAUGAUUUUGAGUUCCUUAUGAUUUGACAAUGAGUUGAAUUUCAAGGUCGUUUCGGUGAUGUUUUGGAAUUCAUAAUGAUUUGUCAAUGAGCGUGACUUUGUGCUGAUGUGCUGUGUGUUUCAGGGAGAGCUGCAGCAGAGCUCCAACUGUAAACCUCUCUGGUUUCUAACCUGCUUAUCGAGGGCUUACUGUACAUGGUGCUAUCUGUUUAAAGCCAUCUGUACAGAAAAUACCUUUCUCCUUCCCCUCCUAUACCUUCCUCACACUAACACCUGAAACACGUAGGUCAACCCCCCACCCCCUCUUAACUCUCUAAAUUAAUCAAUCGAGUGUGGCUGUACCCGCCAUAACCAUCUUGCAGUAAAGGUAUAACUCGCCAGGAACAGGCCAUAUAUGGAGUUUCCUCCCUGCCAUAUUGGGGAUUUCUUCCCUGCCAUACGUGGAGUUUCCUCCAGACCAUAUAUAGAGUUUCCCAGUUACAGUUUACAAUUCAUGUGCAGUCACAAAAUUUGUGUUUAUGAGUCAAGAUGCGGUCACACCGAAGCCAAUUUGAUAGAAUAACUGACACAUAAUUUACAGAAAUAUUACUUUAAUCCUUUUUAUAUGAGUCCAAGCACAAUUACAGGUUGAUGACAUUAAAGUAGGACCGGGCGAUAUGGAACAAACUUUUUUUCAAGCUCGAGGACAAUUAAAUGAUUUUAUUAAAUAACUUUACCUUCCAGCGUGAUUGAAACAUUAAUUAGUCAUUGUUGUGCAUAUUCAGUAAAUACAGGUUAUCCCAUAUUAAGGAUGUGCACAAACAGUCGUUCAAACAUUGCUACCAUCGCUAGUCAGUUACUGAAAUGUAGUUAAAAGCAGCGAGGGAACAUGAUGGCAGCUCGUGUUUUGAUCCAGUAGAAAAUGAAAAUAAAGUACAGUAAAUAAAGGCGAUAUUUAUCAAAUGUUUAUCAAAUACAGAGGUUUCUUACUCUUAUCUUAAUCUUAAAAUUUCUGGGGAAAUUAUUCACCAAGAACAUCUAAUUAUACGAUCUAAUAUCAAAACAUCGGCCCAACAUCUGCAGACAGCAACAAAAAUCUGAGUCAAUCACACUCAUUUCCUUUAUCGCCCAGCCCUACAUUAGAGCGUUUGAUAAAAAGCAGCACAGUUCGUUGAAUGCUAUGCAUCACAUUACACUUCUGUGUGCAGAAUCCGGUCUGACCGCCUCAUAAACAACAUUAUUGGACACAACAAUCGCAGAAAACUGUCCUCCUUUCGCCAUCCUACCCAGAGAGCAACAGGAACACUCACAUCUCUGCGUCCUGUACAGGAUGUGAUUAGCCUAGCUUAGCACAAAGACUUGAAGCAGGGGGAAACUGUUAGCAUGAAAAAUGAAAAAAUUACACCUUCCAACCGAUCUUUGUUUGCUGGUUCGUCACACAUUUAUCCAGCCGAGUUAACAGUAGAUUAAGACAUCAUGAGGACAUUGCUAACAAUAACCGAUAGUUAUGGAUGGAUGAUACCUGUAAUAUAACCGAUAAUCUUCACAGUUUUGUGUUCAUAACCGGCAGUUUUUAUACACCAGGCUGAGAUAUAAUGAGUCUUAACUCUGUUUUAAACAAAUCUAAAGUUUAUUUAAAAAACUUCACAAACAUUUAAUAGAACUUCAAGAAUUAUUAUUCAUACGAACCGAUAAAUUUAUCAGCUGUAAUUUAAUUAUCACAAUAAUUUAUCUGUCCUGAUAAUUAUCAUGCAUCCCUUAUUCUAUAUUUAAUUUCCUUUCCGUACAAUAAACAAGAAACAACACGUAAUUCAGACAUAUUUGAAGUAUCUGGAAAGUGUAUUUCUUUCACUUUUUCUCUCUUUAAAUUGGAAUUAGGAAGCAAAGUUAAUGUUGUAUCAUCUUCAAGUGCUUUUCCCAUUACUGCUACAGCUCCCUGUUUCCUUAAUAAUCUCACACAUAACGAGUCAGUCUCUCCUCCUGAUUCCCCUCUGAAGCACAAUCAACGUUCCAGUGCCUGUUCCCACAACGAUACUGCGUUUAUCCAGCUGUUCCUCCCCGACUUACGUUCCCGAAACACGAGCCGAAAUACAAUCAUGAAUCCCAAAGUUGUACAAGUUCACGGUGCCCUCCUUCCUCCUAUGGGAAACAAAGUGUGACAAGAAUGUAUAGUGUAUGUACAGCACAUUACAGUAGACAUUAUAGUCUGUAUAAUAUAUAUUAUGAUAAUGUAGCUAUAGUGUAAUAUAUAAAGUAUAGUAGACAAUAACAUUUAUACUGUAAUAUUUUGGUAGAUGUAAUCUAUAAAGUAUUUAUCCAGAUGUGAUAUUCAGCCUUUGUAAACAGCUACACAUCAGAUGUUUAACUUCGAAAUGAACGCUGGAAGGAGACAAAAUGCAUCUUUAAAGAGUAAAUUAACACUAAAUACACGUAUGAGUUAAUAUAUCUACAGUCAGAUAAUCAUACUAUCACUUUAUUCCAGUCGCAGUGUAAAGUGUAUCUGAGCAACACUCCCCUACCAAGGCAUAAAAACUGAAACCAAAUUCUCGUGUGAAUCUAAAUCCUUUAAAAUGUUCUCCCCAAACUCUUUCCUGCAUUUAAAAAGCUUCCACACAACAAGUUUUUACAUCUCUGACUAGAGAGAAAGUCUUCACUGAGACAGUCAGUUCGUACAACAGUCACAAUGUCCGGAUACUAAUGUUAAAAACAGUAAAAAAGUUGCGCAAAACUGAAUUUUUUUGUUUGUUUGUUUUUUUUAAGCCGGCUGCCUGAAAGCAUCAUACUGUAAUGAGUAAAAUCGAGACUGAUCAUUGGAGGUCUUUGUGCUCUGGGUUCAAACAGUGUGAAGGGAGUGUAUUUAAGCUAAAAAGGGCUGUUGGUAAAAUAUCUGCUACAGCUGAUUAACUAAACCCUCAAACAACUCCUGCUGAAAACAUCUGAAUUUAGUCGAUUCAGGUCCAAUUCUUGACGUUUUGGUGCAAAGUAUUCUAAAUAUUGUGCUAUAAAUACGCACAGCGACGGCCCUCGAAUCCCACUGAGACCAUUUGUUGUUUACUUCUGUAUUUGGUCCUUAAAAAGGAAACAAAACAGUUUGUUUCACCGCUUAAAAUCUCCUCUAAUCUGCCUCUGAUUGACUUCUAUCCUGGUGCCAUAUUGUUGAAACAGCAAUAUUUUAUUUUGAAAAUUUACCUGAUUCUCUAUGCUGUUUCUGUGUCCGACUUCCUGCCAGACCGCGGCAAACCCGUGUGUGAUGGAGUUUGGGGGUUAGGGUUUUAAACCUGCUCACAUUAAAGUCCAGAGAAUGCUUGAAACAAACUAGUUCGUACAAAAAAUGUAAACGUUAUGAAUGGAAACACUCGAAGGCGGCGCCGUGUCGUCAUUCGACCGCUGCGUGACGUACGUGUGACAGAUUGUUGGUUUGGGAAACUUUCGGGAAAAGGUGUAAACGGAGGAAGUUUCAGACACUGUUCAAUGAUACUGACUCACAGAUCGAUAAAAAACAGUGAAAACUUUACAGCACAAACAUCUUUUUAGUGUUUUAUCUCCAGAACAAACAAAGUUCUGGUCUCACAGGUGAAGUAAAGUGCCUGUGUAGCUGUUUACAGUAAAAUAUCACCUUUAUCAGAUACUGUAUGUAUAGUAUAUAUUAUAAUGGACUAUAGUCUACUGUACAGAGUCAACCACAGAAUGAGACGUGGGCUGUCGCUUUCUCUGCAGUGUAACAAAGAAAAUCAGUGAUGGAGAGGUCAUGUGACCUCUUAACCUCUGACCUCAGGUCCCCCACUGGGAAUCCCUCUGUACACUAAUAAAGUCAUGAGGUCGUUCACUUGUUGUAGGAUUUCUCAGCCAAUCAGAAAACACAACCAGCAAAACCUGCUGCUAAAAAGAAAAUCUCACCGGUGACGUGAAGUGAGGUCAGUGGCGUUCCUCCGCGGGGGAAAGUAGUUCCUUCCCCUGAAGUUCUGCCGUCUGUCUGCCGCCAAUCGAAUCAGCUAACAGAGAUUAUAAAAGGUCUUCUGAGGUUUAUUCUGUGGAAAACAUGGUUCUCGUUCUGUCCUGAGACCAUCCUGGUUCCAGAUCCAUGAAUCACACGUCCAUCUGUUCUGUUUGGUUCAGUGAGUUCGGUGACUCACGAGUGAAGUUUUGUUUUCGCCCGGUCCCGAAUUAUUUAUCUCCAGACUGCAACCAUGUAGUCCAGUUCCCUUCAGCUUUAUCACGCCUCCAUAACCCGUUCUGUAAUCUAUAUCAGGGGUAGGCAACCUGCAGCUCCUCUCUGUGGCUUCAACAAAACAAUUAUAUGGAAAUGAAACAUUUUUAUUAUCAUGUUUGAGGAAAAUGUUCAGCUGUUACACAGAAUUAAAAACAAAUGUUUUAACAUCUUGACAUGGCGCCUUUUCCUCUAUCUUUUGGCAACCCUUAACAACGGGAGCUGCUAAUUUUGAGUCUCUAGCUGAGCUAUCUAUAGAUCUCAGAGGAGUGGACAGAUUCCUCCGCUAGCUCACUGCUUACCUGUUCUUCAUCUGGAGCGAGAAAUUCGCUUUUUUGGUCAAAAACGUCUCUUUGGAUAGUGAAGGUUGCUGAGCCCUGAUCUACAUUAUAAGGUUUAUAGUGUUACAGCGUUGUGAUGAAGGAGGAGGCUCUUCAGGCGCCUCUGGUUCCACAAUUAAAUUCUUACAGUUAGAAGAUAAACAACUGUUUUCAGAAAUAUCUCAUUGUUUGAUAAAAUGUUAAAAAGCUUGAUAGAAAGACUGUCGGAGAGAAGUCAAUAAAGACUCUUUCUACUCAAAUUCUGUUAUUGGAUUACACUUAUUACUCUGCUAAAAGGCGGAGAGUACGUAAAAUACGGCAAUAAGUUUGCUAAAAAUGAUCAUUUAAGAUCAUUUCAAUCUAUAAACAUGCAGUUUUUAUUUUUUACAAACUACAAUGCUAAACAAGCUUACUAAUAAUAAUCACCACCAUUUUGCAAGUGGAAGCAGCCAGUAUUUCCAGAUGUUUCCUCGACUCUAAAUGUCGAACCCAAAAUAAAAACCGUCUGAAAAUCUGGUGUCUGUUAGGAACCAAGGGGACCCAUGAAGACCUCUGACUUUAGCAUCAUAUACAUCUAUUAUUUUCCUCUAUUACGACACUUUAUGGAGUUUUGUUUUGUUUUUUUGUCACCAAGAAAUCAUCUUUUCCCAAACAACGUGUGUCCUCAACAUCAAUUGCUAAUUAGCAGCGGUGGAAAGUGGAAAGAGUACAGUAAUGUACAAAUUAAUGAGGUAUUUUUUUAUGCUUCUUUACUUUAAAACUACAUUUCAGAGAGAAAUAUUGUACUUUUCACUUCACUACACGUAUUUAAGAGCUUUAAAAUUAAGAUUUUACGUGUAAAAAAUAAAUAAAAUAUGAUCCAUUGUUACAGAUUAAAGCACCAGAAGUAGAUGAAGCCGUUAAAAUGAGCUCCAGUUCGACCAACUACAACAUUAAAGUACAAUAACAUAAUAAUAUAACACUGACUGUAGCCACUCGCUGCAUUACGAGUACAUUUUAUUGCCAAUACUUUUGUACUUUUACUUGUAAUGGAGUAUUUUUAUACUUUGAAUACUUCUUCCACUUCUGCUCAUUAAAUCAUAGUCCUGAAAGAUGGAGACAAAAUAGCCGCUCUGAGAAAAAGACUAACAAGGCGACAGGUUGAGAAUCGGAUCGUAUUUAAAUUAAAAUGAUGGAAUAAGCUUCCUGCUGAUUGGCUGAGAAUCCUGGCUUUCUGAUGUGCGUGUGAAACCUUCCUCCUCCUGAUAUUCACCUGGUUAUAAUGGUUUCAUGGUUACCCUCCUCCUCCUCCUCCUCCUCCUCCUCCUCCUCCUCUUCCUCCUUUCUAGCUUCCUCUUUUUACAGUAUGUUUGUAGUUUCUUCUGGAGUGAGUGGCGUGUGUGUACUUGUAGUUUUUUUUUCUUCCCUUUUCUAAAGACUAACGAGCACACGAUGACAACUGAUGAGCUCUGCAACGCAACAGAUUGUAAUCUUUAUAAUAAACUGUCAUUUAUUACAAAGUUAA